CCGUAAUUUCCCCAGACGCAGAUGGGUUGUCAAGACUCGGGACAAGCACAGACGACUACCUAGCUUCCCAUCUACGAAAGGUAGGAAAGGGAUAUCUCUCUCUCUCUCUCUGGUACAAAAUCCUCUGCGUAAAAUCAAACGCAGUCUCUCCCAUCGCCUGUCUCUCUCUCAGUAUACGUCUAUACCCCAUACCGUAUAUCUUCUUUGGUUCUCUACUUUCUAUCUGCUGUACAAGAAGAGCUAGGGUUUUGUGAGAGAGAGAUAUGGGGCAACAGUCGCUGAUCUACAGUUUCGCGGCGAGAGGAACGGUGAUCCUCGCGGAAUACACUGAAUUCACGGGGAAUUUCACGAGCAUAGCCUCGCAGUGUCUCCAAAAACUUCCGGCCACAAACAACAAGUUCACCUACAAUUGCGAUGGCCACACCUUCAACUACCUCGUCGAAAACGGAUUCAAUCAGAUUGGCUUCUUGUUUACCUUCCAUAAAGUUCUGCAGUUCUCAGACUAGAUUCUGGUGAUGUCCAGCAUAUUGUGUUGUUGCUGUUGAAUCUGCUGGCAGACAGCUUCCAAUGGCAUUUCUUGAGCGAAUUAAGGAGGAUUUCACUAAGAAAUAUGGUGGGGGCAAAGCUGCCACAGCUGUUGCUAAUAGCCUCAACAGAGAGUUUGGGCCCAAGCUGAAGGAGCAGAUGCAGUAUUGUGUGGAUCAUCCAGAGGAGAUCAGCAAGCUUGCAAAGGUGAAGGCGCAGGUUUCAGAAGUCAAAGGGGUGAUGAUGGAAAAUAUUGAGAAGGUUCUUGAUCGUGGAGAGAAGAUCGAGCUUCUAGUGGACAAAACAGAGAAUCUUCGGUCUCAGGCACAAGAUUUCAGGACACAAGGAACCCAGAUGAGGAGAAAGAUGUGGUUGAAGAACAUGAAGAUAAAGCUGAUAGUUCUGGGUAUUAUCAUUGCCUUGAUUCUUAUUAUAGUUUUAUCAGUUUGUGGUGGCUUCAAGUGUCACUAAUAUCAGUCCUCCAUCCGUCUGACUGGGCUGUGUAUUCGCAAGAAGUUGUGAUGCUUUUUGUUACAAUAGUUUGGUGUUUGUUCGCUGAUUUUUUUUUUUUUUUUGUUGACCCUUUUCUUUCUGCUGUAACCUUUAUUGUGAGACACUGCUUGUACAGUUUGUAUUCUCGAAUUCUUUCAAUAUACUAGUAGAAUAGUCUAGGUACUACGCUGAAGUUUGUCUU